GCCUUUCUCUCUCUUUCUCUCCCUCACACACUUUUUCUUCAGUGCCUAAAAGCUUUAAGUGUUAUUGUUCUCUUCACUCUUUAACUCUUAUUACAGAGGACAUUGCAAAUGCGCCACCCCGGGACCCUAAGACGAGGUACCGCUUCUUCGGGUACCUGGCGGCCUACCUGUCCUCAAUAUAUGGACACCGGUCGGGUGUGCUGACCAAGAUGAGGGCGAAGGAGGUCAGGGAGGCCGUCGGGGAACCAAAAGCAGGGUACCUCAUUAAUGUCUUGGACCACAAAACAGUACGGAAGUUCGGGGUGGCGCAAAUAUAUCUGGAGCCUGAGGAGCACUCUUGGUGCGUGGAGUGGCUCCGUCUCCACAAGAGAUCUGUACCGACUAACGGGUACUUUUUCUCAUCCCUUGGCCGGGGUGAGGCGAAGGACAUUGUGAAAUAUUUCCGGGCGGCAUGGGCGGAGAUGGGCCUCCACGGAACACCCUCCCUAAUGGACAUGAGGUCGGCGGUGUCCACCUAUAAUUUUGAAUCCAAUGACGCCGAGGUCCGGGACCAAGUGGCCACAUUUAUGUGCCACAGCGUCAAAACGCAGGAGAGAUUCUAUGCAUUGCAUAACACCCUUAAGCGGGCAAAGCAGAUGAGAGAGCUGUUCGUCAGUCUCUCACUGAGACGGGGCGAAGCAGCUCUCUCAUCUGCUUCCGCCGACCUCGCCAUACCAGUGGAGGAGUCCGAGGGAGUGACGCCACAGAAGAAACGAGCCACCUCUCAGCUGCUGGCAAGGAAAAUUAAGGGGAAGCUGGGGAUCAGCCCACGGAAAAAGUAUCCUCUAAGGAUAGAUAAGGAAAGCUGUCGCUCGGGUCGAUUCGGGGCGCCGCACCCGGGCCGGCCAGCAGGUGGCAAAGGACGCGGAGCGAGUGCAGGGGGGAGGCUAUCCCCGAUCGGCCCGGGGACCCCGUUUCUCCAACUACUGCCACCAACUACUCUGGGCAUCAUAAAUUGACCCAAGGCCCCCGAAUCUCAAGGAUUUACACAAGUGAUACUAAGCUCCUCAGGGUGAGGUUAUGCGGGCACUGGGGGUGGUCUUGGUGGGUCUUACCAACCUUUUCAGAUGAAGACUUGUC